GCCUCUCCGACCCUCUCUCCCUCCAUCUCCUCCGCGUCCCCCUUGCUUCCCUCUCCGCACCUUGUCCAUCUCCCUCCUUUCUCCUCUGCUCUCCUUUUCUUCGCGGGAUGGACGCGGCUGCUUUGGGUGCUGCCGCACUGGGCUCGGCCGUCCUCGGGGCGGUCGCCCUUGGCCCGGCCGUCCUCGGGGCGACCGCUCUCGGGGCUGCCGCCGCUGGCAUGUUCCUUUCAUACGCCGACGUCUUGGACUUGGUGCGCAGCAUCGAGGAGACCAAUUCAAAACACAUCACAACCCUGCUUAGUAUUUUCCUGCAACGCCGGCGUUUCCAUGAGACGGUCGAUCGUAAGUUGCUUGAGUCCAGCUCCGCCUUCAACAGCUUCGCCAAUGAAGUGAGUAUCACCGACCUGGCCUCAAUUGCUCUCUCCAGUAAUUCAGAGAUGGCCAGCCCUGCUCUUGAUCUUCUGAUUCAGCGGCUUUCCUCCGACGAGCUCAUCGAGCAUGUUCUUCUUCUGGCCGAAAGUGAUGUGCUAGAGGAGCGCCUACUCGGCCUGCAGGCACUCUUUACCGUCGCUCAUCAGCAGGACUGCUUCCACAAGUACCUCAAACACGGUGCUGCUGACACCAUUUGCGCCGCCUUCCUUCGGUCGACCGACACCACCUCCCAGCGUUUGGCUUCUUUUUGUCUGCUGAAGCUCGUCUACGGCUCAUUCGCGUUCCGUGGUUAUCUGUUCCACACCGAGGUGGUGAACAAGGCAUGCAAUAUCGUCCUACAGGAGUCCAACACCUUGUCCCCCCUGUUCGAGCGCUGCCGCGACUUCAUCUUCACUCUUUCAGCUGAGGGCCUGAUCGAUUGCCUCGCCACCCCGAUCCCAAUGACCCUGAUCAAGAUGCUCAUCAACGGGCCGACUGUCUACCAAUCCUUCCAGAUCCUGUCGUCCCUGAAGUCGAUAUUGACCCGUAUCCAGCCGAGUGAUGGUGUCUCCACCAAUGUCAUCCAUCCUCUGGUGGAGCCAUUCUUCCGCGCGAUUGACACCUUGAAGUCCAGCAUCUUCGACGAACCAAACCCACUGUACCGCGAGAGAUACCGUGCGAUUGCUCAUUGUCUAUACCUUCUCGUGAGGAUGGGCCUGCCGACCGGCACGCGUGUCAAUCAAAUGCUCGACUUGUCGGCUCUCUUGCCACAGCCUGGCUUCUUCAUGGAUGACAUCAUCAUGAACUAUCUGAGGGUGCUCGAGCUGCUUGCGCCGCAAAUCUAUCAUAUGCCAGAUACCCAGCCCUUUGCGCGUGUCCUCUUCAGCGUGUCGCUCCUGAUGCACACCGGGUUGCCGGCUGGCUCGAACAUCAUGGGGCAAAUUUUCCUGGUGCUGCACGCUGCCAUUCCCCGACUGCGUGAGGUUCUCGACCGUAACCACUUCCUUAAAACGGUAAGCCAUAUCCGCAAUAGGGCCUCCCUCUCUUGGGGCGACCGUCAAACGGACUUCCGUCAUCCAUAUGAGUGUUUCCGUCAUUUGAUGCUCAAUUUGGCGGACUCAAUUUAUGAGCAGGUCGACUUUGACGAGGAGGAGCCCCUGCUCUUGCUGCAUGCCAUCAUGGUUGCCGCUCCCGAAAAUUUGCAGGUGGACAUCCCGUCGGCCGCGCACCGCUCCCUUCUCAAGCUCUUUGAGCAUGCAUCCAGCCUGUCGCACAUCCCCCAAUUGGCGGACAUUGCCCGGAAUGUGGCCUUGCGUACAUAUCUUUUGGGUUCGGCAUCGACCUUCUCCUUGAAUCUGGAUGCCCUUCAUGGGUUUCUGGCCAUGUCCAUCUUUGGGCCGGCCGCCAUGGAUCUCGUCUACACCGCGGAAACUCAUGUCAUCGACUGUGACUUUGCCGUUGAUUCAUCCAGCGAUCAAGACACCGACACCGACGACGAGGACGAGGACGAGGACGAGGACGAGGACGAUGACCGGAUGCCGACCUUCCCCUUCCUGCUGACUAUGGACCUCGUUCAUCCUGGCUCCUCGGAGGAUGAAGACCGGCAUGAUGCCUCGGCAGAUGCCACCUCCAUCCUGGAUAGCUUGAUGACGACCGGUCGCUUUUCUCCCCCGCCUGUGCCUUUCAAAACAAACUAUCCCCAGAUCCUGUGGCAUGUGGCACGGCAGGCGACCAACCGCGAUCUGCUCAACAUCUUCCUGGCCUUCGAGGCGGGCUGCUGCUCGGAUGUGGUGGCCCCACCGCUCGGGGGCCCGAAUGCCCCGGGCAAGCCCACUCCCAAGCACUUCCUCCGCCUGUUGGACUUCGCCGCCAGCCGGGCGGCCGCUCUCCUGGACAUGUUGGCCGAGAUAUCCCUGGCGGCCAUCGGCAUCUCUGACAGGCUCGAUUCCAACAACUUGCCGAUUGUGCAUGAGCAUGUCCUGAUUGUGGGCUCGAUCUUGCUCAAGUGGCUGCAAUUCAUCUGCGAAGCCCCCUUUGACUUCUCGGUUUCCGAGGAAGCCGGGAUCGACGCCGAAGGGGAGAUUACUUUUGGGAAGUUCGCCGAUCUUCUGCCACGCAUGCUUUCGAUUACGCUGGCUGUGAUCGAUAGCUGCACCAUCCGCCUGAGCAUUGAUGGCCCGUCUGCCAGUGAGUGGUGCCUCCUCUUGAUGGGCUACUGGCGGCAUUUGGCCCCGGUGCUGAGCGUCUCAGCUCCAGCGCAUCAGCAAUCCCUCCUCCAUGUGGUUGAUAUUCUCAUGGCCUUCCGCCAGGAAGGACUUCUGUCCGACGAGGGAGACCAUUAUAAUGACCUCAUCCGGCAGAUGACCCUCCUCCUGCCGGAGGAGGCUGACCCUCCCACAGGGGAGGUUGGGCUGCUGUUCAUUUCGACCGAGUACUCCCACUCGGUCCUUGUGGACGGUGCACUUUCCGAUGAUAGCCCCCGGGUUCCGACGAUCAUGCGGCUUCGGCGGCAUUUGGCACGUGCGCAGAUGGCCACCACGCGCCGACGCCCUGCCACCUGGCAGUCGGCCAUUUGUCGCCGACCGGUCCUUGGGGCGGCCACCAUCUGGUCGGUCCUGCAUGUGGGGCCUAGCCAGCCCCAGUGGCCAGCGGCGCUGGCGCUGGCGGCAACCCCCCAGGUUAACCGGCUCCUGGCUGCCGGUGUGCCUGCACCCCGGCUGGACAUCUUCCCGGUCAAUGAUCCGGCCCCCAUGUUGAUGGUGGCCCUGCAGCAGGCCGACUUCUCCACCUGCUUGACGGCGCUGCCGCUGGAUGAGCUGAUGACCGGGUUCACCGUGCGAAAUGGCCUGCAAAUCUGCCACCAGGAAUCGUAUCCUCUCGGGUGUCCGCCAGGCCGGAUGUUGGUCUUUUUGGGGGACGCUUCGAUGUCCGGCCGGGGGACUCUCUGUCGGGCUCGGAUUUUGGAGCCGGUGAGCGCUUCGGACAAGCACUCGCACGGGUCACGUCUGCUGGACUACGAGCAUGUGCUGCCGGUGCCGCGCCCGAAAAACGGCCCUUCGUCUCCUGGCUGCGCGGUCUUUCGGGUGCAUUUGCACGCGCGCAUGGGCGCCGAUGUCAGCAUUGGCUGGCUGAAUUUCUCCGAGACCGGCGUGAUCGACCCACACCGGCUGGAACUCCUCCACACGAGGAUCCGGGACCCGCACAUGAACCCGCUGCUUCCGUAUAUGGACCACUCGAUGGCCAUGCUUCGUCUGAUGGUCAGCCCCUCGGGGCGGUCUUUUGGCGGGGCGGGUGCCGGGCCGCAGGCCCCCCGGCCGAAGGAAGGUUCCCCCAUGGCCUACCUCCAGGUGUCGCGGUUCUUCCGGUCGUCGAUGAAUGACACCUCGCGCUUGGUCGAUGACUUUUGCAGCGAUGCCGAUGACGCGGCUCUGGACCAGCGCUUUGGCUGUGACCUGACUUUGGGCAUCUUGCCGUUGUCCGCUCCGGAGGUGAAUCUCGUUGUCGAGGCUCGGUACUUCCGCCACACGGGCACCGUGUCCUUUGCCCUGAAUGGCCAGUGCCUUGGGGCGAUCUUCUGCCUGAAUGAUUGGACCAUGCCGGUGGAGCCCCUGGACCAAUCCCUGGCGAGCGGCUUUUUCCCGAGCUCCAUGCCAUUCUUUGUGCCACUGGUGGUGGGGUCGGCCGUGUCGGAGGUUCGAAUUUUCUCCGGGCCCGCCGGUCCCGAGGAACCAGGGACCCGUCUCUGGUGA